AUGAGCCUUGCUCGUGCUGUGUCCCUGCGCCCGGUGCGCGCUGCGUCGGUCUCGCCCCUUGCGAGCCGCGCGAUGACUGUGCCGACUGUGCCUGCGAUGGCCCGCCAGCAACACACCCGCUCGAUGGCGAACGCGCUCCGCCGCUCGACGCGUGUGGCGGCCGUGCCGCCGCGUGUGCUCGGUGCGAUCCGCACUUACGCGGCCGAUUCGGGCAAGUUUGUGCGUACCAAGCCCCACAUGAACAUUGGUACGAUCGGCCACGUCGACCACGGAAAGACGACCCUGACGGCGGCCAUCACCAAGGUGCUACACGAGUCCUCGGGCGAGGGCAAGUUUGUCGACUAUGCGUCGAUUGACAAGGCCCCCGAGGAGAAGGAGCGCGGUAUCACCAUCUCGACCGCGCACGUCGAGUACGAGACCCCGAACCGCCACUACGCGCACGUCGACUGCCCGGGUCACGCCGACUACAUCCGUAACAUGAUUACGGGUGCUGCGCAGAUGGACGGUGCGAUCAUUGUGGUGUCGGCGACCGACGGCCAGAUGCCCCAGACGCGCGAGCACCUGCUGCUCGCCCGCCAGGUCGGUAUCAAGAAGCUGGUCGUGUUCGUGAACAAGGUCGACCAAGUCGACGACAAGGAGAUGCUCGAGCUUGUCGACAUGGAGAUGCGCGAGCUGCUCUCGACCUAUGGCUUCGAUGGCGACAACACGCCGAUCGUGGCUGGUUCGGCGCUGGCUGCCCUCGAGGGCCGCGACGAGGAAAUCGGCAAGAGCGCCAUCAUCAAGCUCAUGGAGGAGACGGACAACUGGCUCGACCUCCCUCCUCGUGACCUGGACAAGCCGUUCCUGAUGCCCGUCGAGGACGUGUUCUCGAUCUCUGGUCGUGGUACCGUCGUGACGGGCCGCGUGGAGCGCGGCACGAUCACCAAGGGCGCGGAGAUUGAGAUCAUUGGCCUCGGCGGCCACCUGAAGACCACGCUGACCGGUAUCGAGAUGUUCCACAAGGAGCUCGACCGCGGUGAGGCCGGUGACAACAUGGGCGCGCUGCUCCGUGGUGUCAAGCGCGAGCAGGUGCGCCGCGGCCAGGUGGUCAUCCUGCCGGGCACGGUCAAGCCUGUGAAGAAGUUCCAGGCGCAGAUCUACAUUCUUACGAAGGAAGAGGGCGGUCGCUACACGCCCUUCAUGAACAACUACCGCCCCCAGCUGUUCAUCCGUACCUCGGACGUGACGGUGUCGCUGACGCACCCGCCGGGCACGGAGAAUGCGGACGAGGCGAUGGUCAUGCCGGGCGACAACGUCGAGCUGGUGUGUGACCUUGUGCACGACAUUGCGCUCGAGGAGGGCUCGCGCUUCACCCUGCGUGAGGGCGGCAAGACCGUCGGCACGGGUAUCGUGACCAAGAUCCUCGGCUAG